ACUAACACCGGGCUUUCCGCCGCCGACCCCGGGACUCCCGCCCCCAGGGCUACCCCCCCCCGGGCUUUCUCUGGUGGAGGUGCUCCCCCCCGCAAUAGUGCUCCCCCCCCCGGGGCUAAAUGUACUCCCCCCCGCAAUAGUGCUUCCGACCACACUUCCAGUCGCAUGUGUCGUGAGUUCCACACAUUCCUCAUUCUC